AUGCAGCAGUUUGUAAGACAGUGGGAUCGCCAAGAUGUGAAGAAGGGUGAGAAGAACACCAUUGUCACUUCUUACAACCGAAAUUUUACCGGAAGAAACGACGCAAAUCCUGCUACACAUGGCUUCGUUACUUCUCCCGACAUUGUGACUGCACUCGCCAUUACUGGUCGGCUCGAUUUUGAUCCUCGAAAAGACCAGAUUACUGCGGCGGAUGGCUCGAAAUUCGUGCUGAAGGCUCCAUCGGGAGAUGAUCUCCCUCAGAAAGGGUACGAUCCUGGCGUGGAUACCUACCAACAGCCAUCACAGUCCGGAGAGGUUGUUGUCGAUCCCAAAUCAGAGCGUUUACAACUCCUCCAACCAUUUGACAAGUGGGACGGCAAAGAUUUGGAGGACAUGAUUAUUCUCAUCAAAGUUAAAGGAAAAUGCACGACUGACCACAUUUCGGCUGCUGGACCAUGGCUGAAAUACCGAGGUCACCUUGAUAACAUUUCCAACAACUUAUUCUACAGCGCGUGA